AUGCCUCCACCGAAAUUCCUCCAGGCCAACCUCAAUCGCAGCCCCGCUUCGCGGGAUGUGUUCUUACACACGAUGGCAGAGCGGGGAUGUGUCCUGGGGGUGGCCGCUGAGCUGGGCCGGGUGCCGCGGAACCACCCGUCGUGGGCGGUAAGCCGGUGCGGUUUGGUGGCCAUUACGUGGAGGCGGACCGACAAGCCCGUCGCCUGUUCUCGAGUUGAAGCGAGUGACGGGUUUGUCAUGGCGAAAUGGGGUCACGUGUACGUCGCGGGAGUCUACGUCUCCCCGAACGUGUGCGUGGCUGCAUUCGAGGAGGUACUGGAGGAUCUACGGGUCGUGCUAGAGAGGUUCCUGCCCUGUCAAGUCAUAGUGGCUGGGGAUUUCAAUGCCAUGUCGGUAUUGUGGGGCUCCCCGGCCACUGACAGAAGGGGCAGGAUCCUGGAGGAAUGGGCGGCGGGCCUAGGACUUGUGGUUCUCAAUACCGGGCACGUCCAGACCUGUGUGAGGCGGCAGGGGGGUUCAUCGUCGAUUUGA